AAAGUGAAAGAAAAAUAGUUUCUAAAGGACUAUCAAGUUCUAAUAAUCUUUUUUUUUUGUUUUUGUUUCUCUACUGAAGAAAUUACUAAAGCUUCCAUUUACAAUAAACAAAAAAUAAAUGAUUUCUAUUUUUUAAAAUUAUUUCUCUUGAAUAAUAAAAAAUGUCAAAAAAAAAUUUAAUUAAUUCGGUAACAACAGCAGUUGAUGAAUCUCUAACAGGAUUGUCUAUGACAUUUCCGCGUCUUGAUUUGCACUUGAAGAAACGAGUUGUUUUAGAGCCGCUUUGGGCGGAAUUCAGUGACAAAGUGACAAUAAUUUGCGGUGGUGGCAGUGGUCACGAGCCUUUUGCAAGUGGAUUUGUCGGAUCUGGAAUGUUGAAUGCUGCGAUAGCUGGAUCAAUUUUUGCCUCACCUCCACCCAGUCAUAUUUUAUAUGCUUUGAAAUGUGUAUCAAUAAAUAAUAAAGCUGGUACUUUGGUUAUUAUACCAAAUUAUACAGGAGAUUGUUUAAAUUUUGCAAUAGCCAUUGAAAAAGCAAAAGUUGAUGGGAUAAAAGUAAAUGAAGUAAUUGCAGCGGACGAUUGUUCGAUACCAGAAAAUGAAUUGGGACGUGCUGGAAAACGAGGACUUUGUGGUAUUUUAUUUAUAAUGAAAAUUGCAGGCGCUCUCGCCCAAAGAAAAUACAAUCUCGAGGAAGUGACAAAAUUUGCAAAAUUAGUCUCACAAAAUAUAGCAACAUAUGGUGUUGGUCUGACAGCCUGUACAUUACCAGGUAAAGGAUUAAUGUUUGAGAUACCAAAUGAUGAAAUAGAAUUUGGCUUAGGGGUCCAUGGAGAGGCGGGAUAUGAAAGAAAAAAAUUACAAAAUGUAAAUGAAAUUGUUUCACAAAUUUUGAAGAAAUUAAUUGAGACACUAUUAAUUCGUUCUAACGAUUCAAUUGCAAUAAUUGUUAAUAAUUUCGGUGGAUUAAGUCAAUUAGAGACUGGAAUUGUUGUCAAAGAAAUAGUUACACAAUGCCAAUUAUUUCGAAUAAAACCCUUACGAGUUUAUUCUGGAAUAUUAAUGUCAUCUUUAGACAGUGUUGGAAUACAUAUAUCAAUACUUAAAUUUCCCGAGAAUGAGAAAGAGCAAAUUAUUAAUUGUCUCGAUGAUUCAACUGAUGCACCACAAUGGCCAGGAAAAUCAUUCACAGUACCGUUUGAAAGUGAAAAAUUUUCCAUUAAAGAAGAAACGGUGAUAUUUCAUAAAUUGGGUAAAAAAUUUAAUGAACACGAGGAACGUUUGUUUAAGGAAUGUUUAUUGAAAGCUAGCCAAGCGAUUAUUGAUAAAGAAAAUUAUAUCAAUGAUCUUGAUCGUGGUUGUGGCGAUGGAGAUUGUGGAUCAACAUUGAAACAACUUGCUGAGGCUAUUGUGACAUCUGUAGAAGAUUUAAGUUUGUCACACGCUGCUUCGGUAUUCAUGGAACUUUCCUACAUUGCUGAGGAAAAAAUGGGUGGAACGUCUGGUGCAUUAUACAGUUUAAUGUUCACAUUGGCGGGAAAAGAACUUGCUAAUUGCGAUAAUGAAAAUUGGCCACAAUUAUGGCAUAAUGCCUGGAAAACGGCAAUUAAUGGUAUUAUGAAGUACAGCAAAGCCAGAAUAGGCGAUAAAACAAUGCUUGACGCUAUGGUACCCGGUUGUUCAGAAUUUGAAACGAAUUUAUCUCUUUCCGUUAUUGAGAUUGGAAAGAAAAUUGAGAAAGCAGUGAAAGACGGCUGUGAAGCUACAAAAAAGAUGACGCCAAAAGCUGGUCGUGCCAGUUAUGUGAAACAAGCGGAAUUUUUGACACAAGUCGACGCCGGAGCUUAUGCAGUGACCACAUGGAUAACUGCAAUUGUAAAUACAAUUUUAAAUUUUUAAUAAUUUAUUAUUAUUAUUAUUAUUUCUACACGAC